AUGUCCGGCCCAGGAGCUCUCCCCGAGAGUACUCUCAAGCUGCUCAGCCAGCUAGCGCCAGGCACGUUUGCAGACACAGCUGCUCUCGCUGCUGCUGGGCUCUUGUCAGCUGCCUAUGUCUUGCGCGGGUACACAUGGGACAAACCUGAUCCGUAUAACUACAUUUGGUACGAAAAGCCUCAACAAGGCGCUGGAGCUAGCGCCGCAAAGCGCUCUAAGAAUAUUGCAGAAAGACUAGAAGAGCUUAACAAAGAUGUCGUUGUGUUCUGGGGUUCUCAGUCUGGUACGGCCGAGGGGUUUGCGAACCGCCUUGCCAGAGAACUCCAUCAACGAUUCCACCUCGAGACCAUGUCAGCCGACCUUUCGGAUUACGACGCCGACACGAUUGCACAAAUUCCGCAGACCAAGCUUGCCAUCUUCAUUUUGUCAACGUAUGGCGAAGGAGACCCAAGCGACAACGCUGGAAUGUUCUGGGACUGGGUCACCAAGCUCCAAGACAAGCCUUUGACAUCUCUGCGAUACGCUGCUUUUGGCCUUGGCAACAGCAACUACAGAUAUUACAACAGAGUGGUCGAUGUGGUUGACAAGGCCCUCGAGAGCACCGGCGCAACCAGUCUGGCACCCGUUGGCCGUGCUGAUGAUGCCGAAGGCGGCACGGAAGAAGACUUUCUCUCGUGGAAAGACGACUUGUACAAGGUCUUCCGCGAGACUCUCAAUCUCACAGAGCACGAAGUCAAGCACGAGCCGUCACUGGCAGUGGUGGAAGAUGAGUCUCUAGAGCCUCAAGACUUGCAUAUCGGCGAGCCAGUUCAUCUCAUUGAGGGCUCUGGCAAGUCCACUGCCAACUCCGCCGUCAAGCCACUCAAGAUCAGGAACGCAUACGACCUCUUCUCCAGCCCCGGCCGCAGUUGUCUGCAUCUCGACCUUGAGCUCGACAGCGGCUCCCACCUUACAUACAAGACCGGCGAUCAUCUGGCCGUCUGGCCCAUCAACCCCGAUCAGGAGGUUGAACGUCUCCUGAAGGUCCUCGGACUGUCGGAUCGUCGCAGUAUUCCGAUAAGCAUCAACGCGCUGGAUGCUGCCGUGAAAGUCAGGAUCCCAACACCAACCAAUGUCGAGACAUUAUUCAGAUACUACCUCGAAAUCUGCGCUGCUGUUCCCAGAGAUACGGUCCGUGGCCUGGCCCAGUUCGCAUCUUCGGCCGCCGCAAAGGAUUUCCUCCUGAAUCUCGGCCGGGACAAGGAUAACUAUGCUGAGUUUCUGGCAUCCAACCACCUGACUAUCGGCAAACUUCUUGAGCUUGCUGCCAAGUCCGACGACAACCAGACGUGGUCCAACAUCCCCCUUUCAUACCUCAUCGAGAACCUGCCUCGAUCUCAACCCCGAUACUACUCCAUUUCUUCUUCCAGCGUUGUUUCCCCCAAGGCCCCCAGCAUUACUGUUGCUGUUUCUGAUACCCCACUUUCCGCUUCCCCAACGGCUGCCAUUCCCGGCUUGACAACCAACUACCUGCAAGCCCUUUCAAGAUCACUACAAGAGUCCCAAGCAACACAACAGACCGAGGGCCUCAGCUAUGCGCUAUCUGGGCCAUCGAAUUCUCUUGAAGGUGGUCUGGUCUAUGCUCACAUCCGUCGCUCGAAGUUCAAGCUUCCCAUGCUGUCAUCACACCCCCUGGUCAUGGUUGCGGCAGGCACCGGUCUCGCACCGUUCCGCGGCUUCAUUGCCGAGCGUCUCCGUCUGCAGUCCAUUGGCAAGGAUGUCGGCCAGAUGUUGCUGUUCUUCGGCUGCCACAAGCCCGAUGAGGACUACAUCUACCGUGAGGAGCUGGAACAGAUGGAAAAGGACCUCGGCGGCAAGCUGAGGAUCGUCACGGCAUUCUCAAGACAACAGGGAACACCGAAAAUCUAUGUUCAAGACAAGGUGAGGGAGUUUGGCAAGGACGUUUCACAGCUGUUGGCGGACGGCGCGAGUCUGUACAUGUGCGGGAGGGCAAGCAUGGCGAGGGAGGUUGGCAAGACACUUGGCGACGUAAUGAGGGCAGACAAAGGUUGGGAUGAUGCUCAGAUCAAGGAGUGGAGCGAAGGGUUGAAGCGCAACCGCAAGUGGCAGGAGGAUGUCUGGGGCUAG